AUGGAUCCCGGACUGGUAAAAAUGGUUCAAGAACAGCUUAAUAGACUGUUAAGUGACGUAGAGAAUAUGAAAUCUGAAAGCGGAGAAGAAAUACGCAUUAUUCAGCAACAUCUAAGAAAUUUCGAGGAAGAGUUUGCUGGGUUAAAGCGUGAGGUUGGUGUUCUUCAACAAGCACAACGUUCUACUGAUGUUAAAGUUGGUCAACUAGACACCAACCAAAAAUUUCCUCAACAACAACUGAUUUCGUUAUCAGGAAAAGUAGAUCAACUAACAUCCGGUCAAGAAGAUCUGAAUCAAAACCAGUCCUCUACUUCUGUCAAAAUAGAUCAACUUCAGGAAGCAUUUGAACAAAGUGAUUGGGAACAGAAAGGCCAAGAGAACCGUAGCAUAG